CGUUUUUCCCAGCAAACUUACGAAAGUGUAAACAUCAGUUUACACUUUGAUGAAUGUUAUAUUUAGUAUUUGUUUAAUACAUUUGGCUGCUGAGUUAAUAUCAGCUGAAUUGUACUGUUAUUCUUGUACAAGUGCUCAAUCAGGUUGUGGUGAUCCAAUUGAUGUAAGAUUAAUUCACUGGAAGAAAUGUUCUGGUCGAGCAUUGAUUGAAAAUUAUUGUGUAAAAUUAAUUGAAAAAGUUCAAGAUCAAACUACUGUAACUCGUGGUUGUUUAAGUGAUUUAAUAAUGAAUACACAAUAUCGUUUAGAUAUGCCACAACUUCGUCGUCAUGGUUACUGUGUUAAUUCUCGUGAUUAUCAACAUUAUUUAUUAAAAGUUUUAAAGGGGAAAACUUUAGUUGAAACUGCUAUGGGAUUAUUUAGUGAUGAGAAUAUGGAUUUUAAACGUUUUUGUUAUUGUAAUGAUUUUAAUGGUUGUAAUCAUGUAAAUAAUUUAAAAGUUUCAACAAUUUUAAUUUCUUUUAUUAUAAUAUUGACACUUAUAUGGAUUCAUUGAAAUAUUUUUAUUUCCAUUACCUAUUUUUUAUCGUUUUCAUUCUAACACUACUUUUAAACUUAUAAGUAGUUAAAGUAUUUUAACUAAAAAUAUUCUGAUUCUGAUUCCUUUAGAAUGUAUAUAAUCGUAAGUAAAUGUUUGGAACUGUUAAUUUAUAACGUUUGAUAAUAUUUUGUAAACUAUAAAAGAAAAAUUUGUUUACAAUAGAAAAG